GAUUGAGUAUAUGCUUACAAUGUCAAGCUCAAGAACCUUAGAGACAUCAGUUGGGACGCCGGAUGGGUAUCCAAUCCCUUUGGAUUUACAUCUCAAUCUCAUGUCAAUCACUGGCAGAGCAGAUAGGAAUAGGAACUGUACAGAUCCUGAUUUUUGGGUCCCAGAUUGGAACAAGGUUGGAGACACAAAGGAGAACACAAGAGUAGAUUUUCUACGAGAAGAAGCAUUUUUUGGUUAUUGCAUUAAAGAGCCAACAGAGAACAGAAUAGAAACUCACAAGUAUUUUCAUUACUCUAGCAGUGUUUUGAAGCAUCUUUAGCCAAAUAUUUGGCCCUAUUCGCAAGUGGGUAACACCUAUUCUUGCAAUGAUGCUUCCCUCUAAUGGGAUUCUUGAGAUUAACAAUUAUCGAACCAUUUGGAUGCUUAUCCUACGAGUUGUUCGUAUCUACUUUGUUCCGGCUUGGACAAGAGAGGGCGAUUCAAUGCGGUCUGACCAAAAAAGUAAAGAUUUUGACAACUCCAAUUGUCGUCUCCUUUGGUUCGCCAUCUCUUCUUCAUCAUCUUCCAGUCGGACGUCUUCCUCAUCUUCUUCUAGUCGCCAUCUCCUCUUGAUUUGGACCUGAAUUCGCUAAAUCCACUAAGAAUGAACUCGAGUUACUGUUCAUCGCGGGAACUUGAAUUCCAGAUCCGUUGCUACUCUUGCUGAAUUCAAGGCCGAUUGUUGAGGAAUUUUGAGCGACCUGGUAAGCAUCCUCUGAUUCUGAAAUUGGAGUUUCGUUUACAUUUGAGGAAGGUAACAAACUGAGCACUGGAUUUUUGGCCUUGAACAACUCUUGUUGGGUUGUUUCUUCUGUGAUAACUUCAUGGGGAAAAGAGGACGCCCUGCAAUUGGCACGUUGAGGCUUUUGUUGCUUCAAACUGGUGUAGUCAAACAAAGUUGGGGCUAGUUUUGAGUGAUUAGGGUUAGGAGUUACUGAUGCCAAGUUGGGGUUGUUCUAGCCAGCGUGAUGGAGUUUUUCCACAAGAACAAUGUAUAGAUUUUAAAAGUAAUUCAUAUUUAUGUAUAAAUAAUCAAUGAAUUAUAAAUGAUCAAAUAAAAUCCUAUAAAAUCCUGCUCAUAAAAUACAUUAAAAUCUACUUAACUCU